AUGCGGUUCCAGGGACUAAGCCUCCAGCUUGCUGCUUUGUCGGUGCUGCUACCAGUCUCUGACGCGUUCAGCGUCACAACGACAAACGAUGCAAACUCUCUGGCCAAUGCGAUACUCGGCCAGGGCAUCACUCUUCUACAGGCGUCUUUCUCGGGUGCAGCGAUCAGUUCAGGAUCGUUUUCUGACGGACCUUUUGGCAUCGGGAGUGGUGCUAUACUCACUUCUGGCUCUGCCGUUGGAGCUCUACCAAACGGUGAUCACUAUGUCAACAAUGGAGCCCCUGGCUCAGAUACCUAUUGUGGUCCCAACACUUUCAACGCUGCGCUAUUGACCGUUGAUUUCUUCCUCAAUCCGACCUAUAGCGGUAUCAGAGUUGAGUUUAUUUUUGCGUCGGAAGAAGAAGGCGGCUCUGCUGAUCCCAUGGGUAUCUUCAUUGGCGGCACGCAAUAUGCUAAAGAUAACGAUGGUCAGCGAAUAACCGCAACCAAUCGUUAUAUUCUACGGCCUCUUGCUAUCACUCCGCCUAAUAGCGUCACUUCAUACCCUGGCUCGUCACCACCUCUCUUGGUUGACAUCUUGACCUCUGGUGCACAAACCAUGGUCAUUGCCAUUUGUGAUCAGGGUGAUUCAGAGUGGGACUCCGCCGUUUUAAUCAAGGCUGAGGGUUGCGUUGAUUGUGAUACUGAUAUGCGCCUCGCCUAUGUGACGACCACGACCACAUUAGACGCAGGCGAGGUUCCUUAUACCUCGACUAUCACCGCAUCGGGUACUGUUUCUGGAACAAUCGAGAUCGGUGUAUUAGCAGCGACUACUGAAGUAGCAACUACUACUGCUGAUGACGGAACCACCACGACAACGGCCGACUCAACCACUACUGCGGUUGACGGAAUCACUACUACCACUGCUGAAGAAGCAACUAGUACUACUGCCGAGGAGCCUACAACCACCACUACUGACAUCGAAAUCACCACUACUACUGAAGAAAUAAUGACUACCGCUGAAGAAAUAACCACCACUGCAGCUGACGAAACCACUACGACAGCCGAUGAGACAACCACUACUGCUGUUAAUGGAAUCACUACUACUACUACCACUACUGAAGAAGUACCUACUACCACUGCCGAGGAACCUGUAACCACCACUGCUACUGACGGAACUACAACUACUGCCGACAGUGAGGCAACAACCACUACUCACGAGUCCUCCGCCGGGUCCACUAGUGAUGAUCCUACUACUACCACUGAAGAGUCCCCGACCGAGUCAACCAGUGACAAGCACCAACUCACUACAACUCAAGACACUACGACAACUGGAACUACUGAGGUAUCAACCGAGGCCAAUGAUACAGUCACACGUUCAGAACCACUGCCAAAUACCACCACAACAGCCCUUGCGACAAGUGAUGCGACGACAGAGGCUUCCACCAUAGGAACUGAGUCUAGUGUCAUCACUACAACAUCUCAAGAGCCGUCCUCUGAGAUUACGACGGGCACAGAGACGACCAAUAUUUCCGAUGCCCCCGUUGAUCGCACUACUACGUCCUCGAACGAUGGUGAAACACCCUCAGCUAGCUCAACAAUCUCGGCCUCCAGCAACGCAGAAACUGAGAGUUCUAGUAGUGGCAUCUCAACCGAUGAUAAUGUAGUUCCCAAUUCUGGCACCAAGACCACAACAGAAUCUAUUGAAACAACCACAGUCCACCAGAUAGAGCCUUCAACCAACACAAUCCCUACUGCCGAAGUGACGACAAGCAACUCUGUUCAAACUACUAGUAACCCUACCAUUCCUUUGUCCGCAUCAACGAGUACAGAGUCUUUCAUUAACUCUGCCAUCACCAUCGGAUCUUCUGUCUGUAUCACUCAAUCACAAGGCGGUGGGCCAAUCAGUCCCCCAGUCCCAACGACUUACUCCUUCAAUGCCGGUAACUCUACGAGGACGGAAGAUGUUGUGGUGCCUAUCGUCACUACCAUAACUUACAUGGUUGUUGAUCCUAACGAUCCAUCACACCUGACUAUGACUGAGUUCUGCAGCACCCUAAGACCUUCUCCUUGUCGCAACUGCCAGUAUCAGCGACCAACAACAGUGGAGAUGACAACUGUCACGGUCGACUGCAAUGCUUGUGGCCACUCGGGCGAGAACACAGUCAUUCUGGAAGUUCCAGCAGGCGCAGCAGUGGCAACUCAGACAAGGGAUCAUGCUGCUCAUGAAACUCAUCAUGUUCAACAUCACCAGCCCAACCCGUACAGGCAGAGACCUCGCCCUAGCAAGGGAGACUCUCAGACUUGGGAAAUGCCCCGUCCGCAACACACUGUGACCGUUGCCGGAGACAAACCAUACGAGGGCAAUGAAGGAUACAAGUUUGACCAUCCUCAGUCUGACCAUGUUGAGUCAAGCGAUGCUGAAGGCGGUCAUAAAGCACCCAAGCCAGUCGAGACUAUUAAGACGGAACCAAAGCCCGCAAACGAGCCAGCUGAUGUGAUCAAACCUGAAGCGAAGCCUACCACCGUGGGAGGGAACGACCAACCCGAGCCCCUGGAACCAACAUUCCAACGUCGACCAGUCCCAGCUCCUACACCGAUGACGCCUGAUUCUCCCGUUGUGGUUGUCUCGGCCGCAGUGAAGACGAUGGAUGGGAUGCUUGUGUCGAUGUUCUGUUUGACUGGAGUUUUACUUCUUUUGUAA